AUGGACUUCGACUUUGACAAGUAUAUCAAGAAGAUGGAGGCACAUAACUACGAGGAGGAUGUCAACGACCAUGCUGAGUAUGACUUCGGACUUGUUUUUACCUGCUGGGUGGUCAGAACGCAAUACACGACGCAUUGUCGAACCGACAAUGGCAAAGACAAGUACGGCGACGAUUGGGAAGAGUCAUUCCGCAGCCGAAUCAAGGAGGCUGACGACAUCACUGCUACCGAUAUGAUGCAGCAUAAAGACGAUGAGUUGGAAGGUUUUGUCAAGUAUGACAUUCUCGACAUAGGCAAGGGACUGCUCAAGCAUCCCAUGGAGAAGCCACUGCCGGGUCCAGGUCAACUCCUGGUUCUACUACUCGGUAACAUGGCCUCCGGUUUCCCCAACUUGAUGACGCCUACUUCAGAUCAGCUCACGGGCACUAUGGGAUCAAUGUACCUGACCACGCCGGCGUCAACUUAUCCAAGGUUCCCAGUUACUCCUGGUCGCAUCGGUCCCCCAAGCACCCAGAAGCGCGGAGUGACGUCCGCUACCGUGACGCGACCACUACUCUCUCGAAGAAGAUCGAUGUAG